AUGCAGGGUCGCAUCCCGCCUGGUCAAUUCUUCUUCAGCGUGGAGCUGGGUCAUGCUGCGCCCAAGGCAAAGCAGGGUUGGGGGUUCAAAUCUUUGAUGGGUGGUGAACCCGUCGAACUGAUCGGGCAUUUUGUGUCACAAAUGACCUCCGAGCACCAGCGGGGAAUCCUGUGUCAGCCAAACACAACAGAACCCUACCUGGUCAUUAUCCUCAAGCUCGUGACGAGAGCCAGAACGGUACAGUAG